AGGGUAUCCUCUGGCCCACCAUCAUCAAUUCACCGGCCCCCGCCUCGACCGAUGCGGACGACCCAGCGUGAGAAGGCGCCCUUCCUCGGCGACAAGGGCGCAGCGUACGGGGCAGCGACCGCCGCGACAGACCUCGAAGACGGCGGCGCGCUCGUGGACGGACACACGCUCUCGCUCGUCUCGCAAGAGGCCCUCGCGCUCUUCUCGCAGUACUUUGCCAUCGGCAUUCUCUACGGCAUGCUGCCAGGGCUCAAGUACCCGGUCUUCAACAACUAUCUGCACAUGGAAGGCUACCAGACUUCCGCAUACGGUGUCCUCAUCUACAUUGGCUGGUCGUUCAAGGUGUUCCUUGGCAUGCUCUCGGACUGCUUUCCGCUCUUUGGCUAUCGUCGCAAGCCGUGGAUGCUCCUUGGCUGGGCGAUUGCGACCAUCGGGCUCUGUAUCAUGACCUUCUCGCCGUUUCCCGCGCCGUACUGCGACGACGCGUGCCUCGCCAAGACAGCAGCGUUCAACUAUGAUGCGCCCAACAGCGGCUUCCCAUUCAUUGUGCUCUCGGUCCUUGUCGGCUUUGGCUACGUCAUGGCCGACUGCGCCGCCGACGCCAUGGUCGUCGAGUACGCCCAGCGCGAGCCUGCGGCGAUCCGCGGGCGCACGCAAACCGCCGUCUACACGAGCCGGUACAUGGGCCAAAUGCUCGCGCAAUGCUCGAUCGCGUUUCUUCUCAACGGACCCGCGUACGGUGGGUCGUUCACGUUUAGCGUGUCCCCGAAUGUCAUGUACGGCAUCUGCCUCGUCCCGUGCGCGCUCAUCGUGCCCAGCACGCUCCUCUUCCUCGUUGAAGUGCCCUCCACCAAGGUCUCGUUUGCCGACUGGGUGGCCAAUUUCUGGGGCCUCCUCCAGCAACGCGUCAUGUGGCAGAUCUGCGCCUUCAAGUUCCUCAACUCGGCCUUCUCGAGCUUCGCAGCCACGCCAAGUGCUCCAAUUGCGCGGACGUGGGCGGGCGUCGAGCCCGUCAACGACGCCAUCGCCGGCGUCCUCGGCUCGCUUCUCAUGUCGGUCAUCAUGGCGGUGGUCGGCAAGUGGGGUCUCAACUGGAACUGGCGCUACGUCAUUGCGCUCAGCACGAUUGGAAUCAUCCUCCUCGAUGCCCUUGCCGUCUUUGUUACGGUCUGGGACGUCUUCCGCAACCAGUGGUUCUACAACGGUGUCGUCCUCGCCGAGAAGAUCCCGGAUGGCAUCCGCUUUAUGGUCGCGUCCUACUGCGCGGUCGAGAUCGCCGACGUUGGCAACGAAGGCGCGACCUACGGCCUCGUGACGACGGUCGGCAACCUAGCGACGCCGUUCGCAUCGGUGUUCUACAAGCUCGCCGACUCGGUGUUUGCUGUGACGCAGACCGACAUUGCCCGCGACGACAACACGGUCAAGUGGCAAGUGACCUACUGCUUUCUUCUCUCGUAUGCGGUCAAGUUGGCCGCGCUCUUCUGGCUCUUCCUCCUCCCGCCGCAGAAAAACGCCCUGCAGCGCAUGAAGAAGACGGGCGGCUCGAGUCGAAUGGCGGGCGGGAUCGUCGUCGGCGUGUUUUGCUUUGCGCUCGCCUUUUCCGUGACGACCAACUUUAUGUCGAUCUACCCAGCGACCAAGUGCUACCGCAUCGCCGGCGGCCAGGGCACAAUCAACGGCUCGUGUCUUUAA